CAGUGACAGCUGACAAUGAUAACGAAACGAAAUCUCGUUUGUUGUAAAAUAGAAUCGUAAACACUCAAAUGUCUUAUAUUAAUAUAGGUUUCAGAUCUAUUUUCUUUUAGUUUUAUGAAGUUUUAAUUAUCUAAUAUAACUUAUUUUCAUUUUAGCGAUUCGUUUGUUGUAUUUAGUUUUUAUAAAUCAUAAUUGUAAUUGUGUUUGAUUUUAUACCGUGUACUGGUGAAUCAUCAUCCCAAAACAAGUGUUAUCUCUGCAAUAUACCUUAAGGAUUCAUAUAGAGGUUUUUUUCGAAUAAAAAGUUAAAGAUGGAGUGGUUAUUUGGUCACCGAAUGACUCCAGAGGAGAUGCUGAGAAAGAAUCAGCGAGCAUUAAAUAAGGCCAUGCGUGAUCUUGACCGGGAGCGUCUUAAGAUGGAACAGCAGGAAAAGAAAGUCAUAGCGGACAUCAAGAAACUUGCAAAGGAUGGGCAGAUGGAUGCUGUAAAAAUAAUGGCGAAAGAUUUAGUGCGCACACGGCGCUAUGUGCGCAAGUUCAUGUUGAUGAAAGCAAACAUUCAGGCUGUGUCCCUCAAGAUACAAACACUCAAGUCUCAAAGCAGCAUGGCGCAGGCCAUGCGCGGCGUCACGCGAGCUAUGGCGACUAUGAACAGACAACUCAACGUCCCACAGAUACAAAAAAUAUUGCAGGAAUUUGAGAAGCAAUCAGAAAUAAUGGACAUGAAGGAGGAAAUGAUGAAUGACUCCAUAGAUGAGGCGAUGGAGGCCGACGAUGAUGAGGAAGAGAGCGACGCGGUGGUGUCUCAGAUCCUGGACGAGCUGGGGCUGCAGCUCAACGACCAGCUGUCGGGCCUGCCGCAGGCCACCGGGUCCCUCGCCGUCACCGCGAAGACGCCGGCGGCGGCGGCGGUGGCGGGCGGCGCGGGCGGCGCGGGCGGCGGCGGCGCGGGGGGCGGCGCGGCCGACGCCGACGCCGAGCUGCAGGCGCGCCUCGACAACCUGCGCCGCGAGUAGCGCCCCGCUGCCCGCGCCCCGCGCCCCGCGCCCCGCUCACGUCGCCGACUCGAGGCCCGCGCGGCUUCCUUCGGCCCGCCCCGUUCCCUUUCAAAGCUCCCCGAAGAGGUUUAAUCUCAGAUACAAUGUUAACUUACACGCCGACGUAGCGGAGUGUCGUUGGAUGUACAGCUUACUCGAGUGUUGUCGAUUGCCGAAUGUAAAUAUAUCGCAUAUUAUAUUAUUGCAAUAAAAAGUUACAAAUGACGA